UCAAGAAAACCACUUUAUACGCUCAUUCAAUGCCUAACGUUGCAGACUCUCACUUUGAGAGUGGUUCUGGAGAAAACGAGCAUGGGCCUGGCAAAAAGACUUCAGAAGUUAAUCAUCAUGGCACUGUAAAGCCAUUUUGUCCUUCAGGUGCCCCCGUUGCUUCUUUGGGACCUAGUGAGGACAGGCAUUAUCCGUGGGGAUGUCCCGUGACUCACACCCGAGAGAAGUUUUACACAAUCUGUUCAGACUAUGCUUUUUUAAACCAUGCGACGUCUAUCCGCAAAAGUCCAAGCGCUACAGUGAGUGCCUGCUUACAAGACAACGCUGCCUUAAACGUUGGGAUUAAUUCCCCUGGCUUUAUUGGCAUUCGAACUGAUGUGUCGGAUAUUAUUUAUAAUGAAGAAACUAACUUGGAAAGCUUGUCCAGUAGCCUUGGAAAACUUCCACUGGCAUGGGAAAUUGACAAGUCUGAAUUCAAUGAAACAGCCCCAGAUUUGAAGAACAGAGCAGGCAAUAUGAAGAAGCAAGGAACAAAGAAACUGUCCGUAGAAAAAAAAAGUAAACAAUACAGGGAAGGUCCACAGCACUACGCCCUUGAAGAAAUAAAACAACGAAAAGUGUUAGAUCUUCGAAGAUGGUACUGUAUAAGUCGGCCACAAUAUAAGACUUCCUGUGGGAUUUCUUCUCUGGUAUCUUGCUGGAAUUUUCUGUAUAGCACAAUAGGAGCUGGAAAUUUACCACCUAUUACUCAAGACGAAGCUUUGCAUAUAUUGGGUUUUCAGCCCCCUUUUGAAGAAAUUAGAUUUGGUCCAUUUACUGGCAAUACUACAUUAAUGAGGUGGUUUAGACAAAUUAAUGAUCAUUUCCAUGUAAAAGGAUGUUCAUAUUUUCUUUAUAAGCCUCAUGGUAAGAAUAAGACAGCAGGAGAGACUGCUUAUGGAGCGCUGUCAAAGCUAACACAAGGACUGCGGGAUGAAUCAAUGGCCUAUAUCUAUCAUUGUCAAAAUCAUUAUUUUUGCCCAAUUGGAUUUGAAGCGACCCCAGUGAAACCCACUAAGGCAUACAAAGGGCACCUGUUACAGCAUGAAGUUGAACAUUGGAUAAUGAUUGGAGAACCAAGCAGAAAACACCCCGCCAUUCACUGCAAAAAGUGGGCAGAUAUUGUAACAGACUUAAAUACUCAAAAUCCAGAAUAUCUAGAUAUUCGACACCUCGAAAGGGGACUUCAGUAUCGCAAGACAAAGAAGGUAGGGGGAAACCUACAUUGCAUCAUUGUUCUUCAGAGGCUCCACUGGCAACGGUUUGGCCCCUGGAACUACCCAUUUGGAAACAGUCGGUCAGAAUUGCAUCCCCAGUCCCAGACACAGGGCAUAGCCAAAUCUGAAAGUGAAGACAAUAUCUCCAAGAAGCAGCACGGGCGUCUGGGCAGAUCUUUCAGUGCCAGCUUCCACCAGGAGUCUGUGUGGAAGAAGUUAUCUCAUCUUCAUGAAAGGCGGAACAGCGGCUUUCAGAGUUACACAGACUAUGAUGGGAAUGAUUAAAAGGAAUUACUUCUAGGGCUUCUGUACCGUAAAAUAUAUCCUUA